GAGCCGGGGAUUGACAGUUUUUGCCGUCGCGCAUACAUAAGCAUGCUUGGCGGGCUGUCCUGGGCCUCUGCUGUACAGCGCUGACCGCUCCAGCAAGACGCUUGAGGCCGUGCGCGGCUCAACUCCCGCCGGGCGCCAAAGCUAGGCUGCUCCUUCGCUACCGCCGCGGCGGGGCGCGCGGCUCCGGGAGGACCGGCAGAACUUGUUACUGACGAUGAAACGCCUCCUCCUCGUCGCCGCCGCCGCCGCGGGCUGGAUGACGAAACAGAAGCCCAUCCCGAACCUCGGCGUGGUCCUACGGCCGCGCGAGGGCGUGACGAGCCGACCAAGCACUCUACGACGUUUAAGAGGCGAAGGCGUGGCGCGCGUCAAGCUCGAGACGUACGGCGCGCGCGAAGUACGGGAAGCCGUCGCGAAUUUGGGGACGGGCGCCAGAGUAGCUGUAUCGAUACCCGACGCGGAAGUAGAAGACGUGUCGAAGGGCGGCGCCGCGGCGGACCGCGUCUGCGCCGCAAUCAAGAGCGUCCACGAACACGUGGACGGCGUCCUCGUGGGCGUGACGCCGCCGAGUGGUGCCGGUGCUGAUUUAAAACGCUUAGCUCAGAUCGCAAACGCGAGUCGAUCCGUCUCGAAGGCCUGCUCCACCAUAAAUGCGUCCGUGCCCGUGACCACGGCUUUUGACCUCAACGUGUUACGCUCGUCCUACCCGCCGUCCGCGUCGCUCUUCGCGGCGCCGGGACCGCUGCGCGAGGUCCUGGUCCAUUUACGAGAGACGAAGGCGCCCUUCGCCAUCCAGCUUGACCCCUACGGGGCCUGGCGGAGCUCGUAUUAUGAUGUCUCUCUAGAUUUCGCGACGUUUGCGUUGGAUCCAUCGCGAGAUCGGCCGCAAUUCGUCGACGACGGGAGCGGCGCGCAGUACUACGCGCUCAUUGAUGCCAUGCUCGAUAGUGUACGGUGGGCCCUCGCCAAAGAAGGUUUUGGGGAUCUAGAUGUGGUCAUCACGCGCGUGGGCUGGCCCUCUGGUUUAGUGGAUACGGUGAACCCGCCGCCGGCGGCCGACGCGCCCGGAGCUGGUGCUACUCUCGAGUUGGCCGCGUCGUUCGCGCACGGUCUAGGUAAAAGGAGAGGUGUAUUAGGCGCUUCUGCCCCGGAGCUCCAGAAGAACGUCAAUCAAGGCUACGUCGUCGCUUAUAUAUAUGAGGCCGACGACGGCGCGCCGGCGCCGGAUGGGCUGCGCUGGGGCGUCUGCGGCCAGCAGGGCUCGCUGAAAUAUUCCAUACGGACCGGGGCUGUUGUGGCUCCUCGCUUGAGGACGGCCUCGACGGCUUGUCUGGGGCCAGCUUGCAUCAGGAAGCGCUUCUCGCACGCGAAGCAGCACGACGUCGAGAUGGCCGCCCUCGGUGUCGCUGUCGGCGCUCUCAUCCUAGGCGUAGCGGCCUUCGUGGCGAUCCUGUCCAUCCAGCCGGCCCAGGCGCGGUCGCCGCGGUCGCCGACGCAGGUCGAGCGCAUCAUGCGCGUCGCGAAUCAGCGCGCCGAGGAGAACCAGCGCGCCGCGCGCGCGGCGCCGUCCCUGCUCAAGCCGCAGGACCUCCUGCGGUGGGGGUCGCGCCCCUUGAUGACCGUGGCGGAGUCGCCUGGGGCAUCCGACGUGGAAGGGUCCGAGGCGGGCUCGCUCAAGAAGCGAUAGUGGCCCGUCUCCUCGUUUCGUCUUUUAAUCGUGUUGUUUCUAUCA